AUGCAGUUCUGGCACAUUCUCCUCCUCGCUACCUCGGCUACUGCCGUGGUAUUGCCUCGUCAUCAUACCGGCCAGGGUGCUAAUAAUAAUGGCAAGGGCAAGGGCAACAAUGGUGCAGCUAACUUCAACGGCAACUUCCGCAACAAUAACAACAAUGGGAACAAUAACGCGGCAGCUUGCAACAACAAUAACAAGCGACACCAUACUGGGCAGGGGACGAAGAACAACAAUAACAACAAUGCCGCCACUAAUAACUGCAACUAA